GACAAUUUAAUGAUCGACUCAUUGCUGUUCUGGUUGUCUGUGUUAUUGGCGUCCAAUGUGUUGCUGAUUGUCAUCUUCUGGAACAACUACGGCUCAAGAAUACAACAACUCAUCUCCAGAAACGAAGAAAAGCAACAAAUACUAGAUCAGUUACGUCGGGAAGCGUUGGAACUGAAGCUCCCGAAAGAGCAUUCGCCACGAAUUUAG